UCCGGAGGUGGCGCCCCUCGCGGGCCCAACAAGCUGCCGUUGUCCUGCCGCCCGUGGGCUCGGCACACUGGGGCUUUGUCCGGCCCCCCGCCACGACCCACGGCGGGGGGGCCCCACAUGACCGACGGGGUAGGAGGAGCCUGCGGCGGCGGUGGUGGCGGUGGCAGCGGCAGCGGCAGCGGCAGCAGCAGCGGCUCCAUCACUUCCCUCCCGGCCCGGGGGUCGGCGGGCGGUGGCAGCAGCGACAGCGGUGGAAGCUAAACAGGGCUGGGCAGAGCCACGGACGCCGGACCUCGGGGUCCCCGCUAGGCUCCAGGCGUCUGGCCUGGGCCAGCAGGGCAGCUGUGACUUCAGUGCUCUCCCGGCUGGGAGCUGGGGGUACACCCGGCCUCUCGGGCCUGGGACCAUGGGGAAUGGCAUGACCAAGGUACUCCCUGGACUCUACCUUGGAAACUUCAUUGAUGCCAAAGACCCAGACCAGUUGGGCCGGAAUAAGAUCACACACAUCAUUUCCAUCCAUGAGUCACCCCAGCCUCUGCUGCAGGAUAUCACUUAUCUUCGCAUCCCAGUGGCUGAUACCCCCGAGGUACCAAUCAAAAAGCACUUCAAAGAGUGCAUCAAUUUCAUCCACUGUUGCCGCCUCAACGGGGGGAGCUGCCUGGUUCACUGCUUUGCAGGUAUCUCUCGCAGCACCACCAUUGUGACCGCAUAUGUGAUGACCGUGACCGGGCUAGGCUGGCGAGAAGUGCUGGAAGCUAUCAAGGCCACUAGGCCCAUCGCCAACCCCAACCCAGGCUUUAGGCAACAGCUGGAAGAGUUUGGCUGGGGGAGUUCCCGGAAGCUUCGCCGGCAGCUGGAGGAGCGCUUCGGUGAGAGCCCGUUCCGCGACGACGAGGAGGUGCGCGCGCUGCUGCCGCUGUGCAAGCGCUGCCGCCAGGGCUCCGCGACCUCAGCCGCCUCCGCCCCGCCGCACGCGUCCGCCUCCGAGGGGACCCUGCAGCGCCUGGUCCCGCGCCCGCCUCGGGAAGGCCACCGGCCGCUGCCGCUGCUGGCGCGCGUCAAGCAGACUUUCUCUUGCCUCCCGCGGUGCCUGGCCCGCAAGGGGGGCAAAUGAGGACCCCACCUCACCCGCGGCUCCGUCUCCUGCCAACGGGUCCUUUGCAGAGGCUGGCGGGGCCUCUCUCAGCUAGCAUGAGCGCAGGGCCCGUGGGAACCCCUGUCCGACCCCGAGUUCUUCUGUGUCUGCGGCGUGUGCGUCUCCACCUAUGCGUGCUUCCGGACCAGCCUGCUGCAGCCACCUGGUGCCUUAGACCUUGGGCUGGGGGAGGACCUCGGGCCUCCAUCCGGAAAGGCAGCGAGGAGAGGGAAGAAGGUGGGGUGCAGGCAGGGGCAGGGGAUGGGCGAGCCUGGAGGAUAUUAAAGAGACACAAAAGAGGCCUAUCUGAA